AUGGUUGACCCAAAGCAAAGUCUCGAGCUAUCUCAGCAGCCGAGUGUCUCCAUGACUGUCGAGUCUUCCAAAGCCAUUGAGUCCUCCAAGGGCUCCAAGGCCAGUGCGAAGAAAGGCAAUAGGAAGAAGGACAAAGGGAAGUCAGUGCCUCGACAGGAUAGCCCUCAGGCUAGGGACCCUCGCAACUUCACUACUUCCCGACCGGGUCAGGAGGACUGGACAUGGACCAAUCUUCCCGACAUACUUUACCAGUUCGAGCCCGAGGAUAAAAAAGAUCGGAAAUCGGACCCUCCUCGGAUGAGUUAUCUCAUUCAUGGCCAACACUUACGCGAACUUCCUAUCCUCCCAGACAACAUCGCUUCGACAGUCGAGGAGUUCCGUGUUGAGGCUUGGAUGCGGCUGGACAGACGUAUUCGUCUCAAGGAUAUCACAGAUCGAAUGCACCCGGACUUCAGAAUUCAAGACAAUGCGCUACAGCAACGUAGUGUCCGCUUCCGCCAACAGUUCUCGCUGAUUGCAUGGGACUCCGGCAACAAGCGCAGCCAGCAUCUCAAGCAAGAUGUUCUCCAAAAGAUGGAGGGAAAUGGAAUUGAUCCUACUUUGAACACGACUCGCGGUAUAACUCCCGGGUUGAUCGACCCUAGUCUCGGGGAAGCUGGUGGCAGGAUCCCCCUUCCCAAACAGUACAACAAGGAAAAACGGGUGGCUCGAGACAGAAAGCCAUCAAAGACGCUCAUGCAGGAAGAAGCCAUCACUAACUACAAUGCUGCCUCUGAUGUGGACACACCGGAGGGACCCGCUAGGGAGGCUUCCUCUCUAGCCAAGUCUACUACCAUGGAGCCUUCUGCAAUGGAACCCGCCCCAGUGGAAUUUGCUUUGGAGGAAUUCUCCCCCAUCGAAACGGUAUCGGAUCUUUAUGACUCUGUGCCGACAUUUGUUCCAUUUGAGGAAAGCAAUGAUCUUCCAGAUGACCCUCAGCGAAUCAUCACAGGCUUGAUUCGGGACAACGAACAGCAAGAGACCACUAAGAUGGAAAAUAUCAACUUUAACAUGGGCACAGAGAAGCCUACAUCAUGGCGCAACACAGCGAAGACUUUGAAAUCGAUCGCGCCAAAGAGAAUUCAGCACAAUCACCCUUCUCCACUGAAGCUUGCUCGAGGUGGAUUUUGCGGCAAUGCCUGCCGGAUGAGGAAGAUUUCAACCCCCAUCUUGGCCAACCUCACACGUGUGUCUGGUGAAGCGGAGGAUUCACUCGAAUUGCUUCCCCCUUCCCACGGACUGUAUCCCGAUGUGCUGACUCCGCACUCCGAGGCCGACCUUCCAUUCGGUGUUCGCGACCAAGUUUUUGACAGUCUGUUCGAACAGUGCCUCUCCGGGGACAGAUACCUCUUCGAUAUCCCAGCUAUGACCACACUUGACUUGGAAAUGAUGGAUAUCGGAAACAUUUAUGACAUCAAUAUUGACGACUUCUUUUAAGAUAGACUCUCUCGGCACGGCAUCCGGUUCUCCAUCGCGUCCUUCAAUACUACCUGUGCACCCACCCACUUCGCAUUUUGCCUUAGCACUCUUAUACUGUUACUAUACCGCUAUACAUCCCUGCUCCUUCUUAUUGUUUUCUCGUUUCGUCGUUUUGCUUUUCCUAUCGCGUGACUUGUUCGUCUGUCCCCGAUAUUCAGCCUUCUAAUGAUGUCUGACAUUGAAUGCCAGGAUUUGAUUCCCCCUUCUAUAUGCAUUAUUUAUUGAACCCCAUUAUCUUUGUUCCCUUUGUCGCUUUUGUACGUACUGCAAUAGGCGUUGGAAGGAGUUGGAGUUGUUGUCGAUUUAAGGUUGCAUGCCAAGAUGCAUUCCGUCGAUAGCGUUCUCUGUAUGUAAACAACAGAGCAAAAUAACUGUUGAAAGGGUAUUGCUUCUGUUUACUCUGGUAAAUAACUUCGGGAUUUCAAGCAAGAAAUUUC